AUGGCUGUGCCUUUGCUUGUGAGGUUGCAGUCAUAUCUAGAUCCUCUGCUCCUUCUGAGCAUCUCCAUUGCCUACUUUCCCCUAACCCUUCUCUCUCAUCCGCUGCUGUUCGUCACAUCGCCUUCAACCUUCCGCUCAAAAUGGUUCGAAAAUUUCUGGCGGAUCAUUGGCCCCAAGAUGGCUGCUUCGGAGGCCCAAGUCAAUCACAUCGAAGAACUUCUCUCGCGCGCAAACAGGAAGGUCCUCGAACUAGGUCCAGGAGCAGGCGACCAAAUGUAUCACUACAAGCCUGCUCAGAUUGAGGUGCUGUAUUGCGCGGAACCAAACGCGUUCUUGCAUGGAAAGCUCAUUGAAAAUGCGGAGAAACAUGGGCUCGGCAAAAAAGCCGUCGCCCUCGAAGCCGGGGCUCAGCCAGGAAGCCUUCUACCUGCGCUGAAGAAGGCCGGUUUGAUCCCCAGCACGACGUCCAGUCUCCCUGAAAACGGUGUAUUUGACACCAUUGUUGCCGUCAAGAGCCUCUGCUCAGCGCCACAGAAGCAACUCGCUGCCACAGUAGCUAUCGUGCAGGCAUUGCUCAAACCCGGCGGCGAAUUCCUCUUCUUCGAGCACGUUGAGAACAAUGGAGAUUCAAUCACAAUGUCCUACGCCUGGUUGGUAGAUUGGAUCUGGCCUGUGUUUAUGGGCGGAUGUCGUUUGGACGGGAAGAUUGAUAGGGUCGUCUUGGGGAUGGGUGGUUGGGAUGAACGGAAGGUUACCACAACGGAUGAAUUCCAGGGUCACGAGGUACGAAAGCAUUCGAGUACAAUCCGAGCUUUUCCCUGUCGUCAACAAUCAUGGGGAAACUCAGUCAAUACUGAUAUUUGA